AGAAUCCCUAAUUCAUCAGCGAGACGCAGGAGCAAGAUGAUGAAGCACACGCAAAAGAUUGUCGCAAAGUACUGUGGAAGAGCGUAUUCAACCAUGGCAUCUUCCCCACUGUCCUCGAGCGUCAAGCAUGGGUGGAAGGAGCAGGACGGCUUGGUUCUUGCUGUGGCAUUUCUUGGCGGAUAUUUUGGCCAUGCUUGCAGAAAUCUUUACAAGAGAAGAAAGCAUUGGCACAAAGUAGACGGAAUGUACAAGGAGCACGUCAAGCGUACGAUGGAGCUGUAUGAUAGAUCUGUCCGAUAUCGUAAUGCAAUUACGCUGAUUUUGCUCGAGGAGGGUAAAUCCAGGCCCUGAACAAUUCAGUCCUUGCCGGCAUCUUCUUGUUUUGUGGUGUUCUAUGUUCUGCCCCAAAUCCAAUGUUAUUUUGGACUAUGUAUUUGUCGUGUAAUGCUUUUAUGGGUUUGUUGUUAAGUACUCUUGUUAAUGGAGUUGCAGUAUCUAUGUAUGGAUCUUAUCUAUUAAUGGUUUUGUAAUUUGUUAGCGUUUCAUUUUUAUAUUCGCUGCUGAAAGGCCAUGAUUGGUUAAGAUAGUGGUUUCUGUGCCUUGCUUGGAUGACUUCAUUUUGCAUUGUGUGGCUCCGUUUUUCUUCCAUCUCUCUUCUAAUUACAUUUUCUGCUUAAUUUGUUGACAUUUUUCCUUCCUUACCACUGGUAUCUUGAUGUUGAACUUUGCACACUAUAUUUUACUGUUAGGGUCUUUGUGCUUUAUUGCUUCACCCUCACAUUUGAAUCGAGGAACCAACCAUGCAACUUCUUAACCCGACACAACUAUGAAAGGAAAUAAACAGUUCCACAAAAC